GCGAACACUCUGUCAAAGACUUAAUCUCGAUACCUCAAUAACUAGCACUCUUGUUCUGACAUGGGAUCAGACACAUGAUAAUUUUUUAUUCUCGUUUCAAUCUAGGCAGCCUACAAAUAGUCGUGUCACGAAAAGGACAAUUCUAUCUACCGCAUCGUCGCUCUUUGAUCCACUUGGCCUCCUAGCACCAGUGAUCGUCACUGCCAAAAUCCUGCUUCAGGAAAUGUGGUUGCUGAAACUUGAGUGGGACGAGUCUGUUCCUCAAAAUAUCCAGUCGGCUUGGGAAAAAUUCGUCAACAAUCUUUCUGAUCUGGCUUCAGUUAAGGUUCCAAGGUACUGUUUAUCUACCAACAUGCAGUCUCUUCAGAUACAUGGGUUUUGUGACGCGUCGAUUCGUGCUUACGGCUGCGGACUAUAUACACGAACCGUAGACAACACUGGCAAUGUGCGCGUUCGCCUUCUUACGGCAAAAUCACGAGUGGCCCCAACUAAACGACAGUCACUGCCAAAACUGGAACUUUGCGGUGCACUCCUUCUUGCUCGACUUUUCACAAAAAUCAAAGCAAUUUUCACUAACUAUAGGUUCGAAACUUAUCUUUGGACAGACUCGCAAAUUGUUCUUCACUGGCUCAAACUACACUCGGCUACGCUAUCAGCUUUCGUUGGCAACAGGUCAUCGGAAAUCCAGGAUUUGACUGUGGACGCUCAUUGGCGACAUGUGCCAACCAAAAGCAACCCAGCUGACAUUGCAUCGAGAGGAAGCACGGCACUUGAACUUGCUAGCUCAAUUUGGCUCACUGGACCUGCAUUUCUUUACGAAGACGUACAGCUCUCACACCUUGGCAGUCACACUGGUCGCUUUAAUGCUCCGAUUUUGCACAAGGCUCAAGAAACGAGACACCGACACUGUAAAUGGACCACCCACUGCCAACGAACUACACCGCGCUUUGUUAUGCAUUGUUUGGAACGUGCAACAAUACCAAUUCACUAACGACAUUCAAAUGUUGCAGAGAGAGUCAACGACAAAUGGCAAGCUACGAAAUCUGAACCCGUUUUUGGAGGUUACCCAUGGUUUCGAAAUACUGAAGGUUGGCGGUCGACUUGAACUGGCUGAUAUUUCUGAAUCACAAAAACAUCCCCUUUUGUUGCCCAACAAAUGCGAAUUCGUGACACGAUAUGUUAAACAUCUGCACAUCAAAAAUUAUCACGCAGGACCUAAAGCGUUGGUAUCUUUGAUUCGCCUACAGUUUUGGAUAGUUAACGCACGCGAUAUCGCUAGACGCGUCGUCCGAUCCUGUAUCCAUUGUGUGAGAUACAAGCCGAAACUACUCCAGCACAUGAUGGGAAAUCUACCAGUUGAGCGCUUAACACCGUCGCGCCCGUUCGCUCGCUGCGGAAUCGAUUUUUGUGGACCCUUCAACGUCUAUCUUCGUAUUAUAGGCAAGGCACCCUAUAAAGCGUACGUAGCCAUCUUCGUGUGCUUUGCAACAAAGGCGGUUCACAUCGAGGUCGUCUCUGACCUAUCCACGGAUGCUUUUUUAGCAUCGCUUAAGCGAAUGAUUGGAAGGAGAGGUCUUCCAUCUGACAUUUUCUGCGACAAUGCAACCAACUUUGUCGGCGCUUGCAGAAAACUUGCUGAAUAAAAACAUUCCUUUUCAAGAAACAAAAUCAAGAUAUCAUCGUUAACUAUUGUGCUAAUGAAUUUGUUAAUUUUCAUUUCAUCCCUCCUAGAGCACCUCAUUUUGGCGGCAUUUGGGAAGCUGCAGUCAAGUCAGCCAAAGGUCAUCUCAACCGCAGCGUCAUGAAUGCCAGACUGACGUAUGAGGAGCUCACUACAGUCCUAGUGGAAAUAGAAGCGGUUCUUAAUUCUACGCCAAUAUCACCGCUCUCAUCUGACCCCAGUGAUUAUGAGGCUUUGACUCCAGGUCAUUUUAUUACGGGCAGUGCGUUGAAAUCACUUCCGGAGCGCGAAGUAGCAGCCAACAUCAACCCCGUCGACAAAUGGAGUCAACUUCUAGCGCGAACAAAGUGGACCACUGACCACGCAAAUAUCGCAAAGGACGCCAUGAAUCUCGUCCAUGAGGAUAAUGUGCCACCACAACGAUGGCAAUUGGGACGAACUAUAAAUGCCAUACCAGGAAAGGAUACCAGAGUUAGAGUGGUCGACAUACGAACGUCGAGGGGAACCAACCGUCGCCCGAUUCACAAGGUUGCAGUACUACCGAUUUGAAAGUCCUUUCAACGGGGCCGGGAUGUUGGGUCACCUAACGAGACACCCUGCAAGCUGUCUUAGGUUAAGAACACCUGAACACUCAUUUACUUAAUACUCAUUUAAAUAAUUGCAUUCAAUAACUCCAAUGUUAUUACAUUCACGCUCACUCUCAAUUGUACAAAGAGAUAUACACACAUUUACAUACUUAUAUGUCAAUCUAACACAACUAAUUGUACUUAUACAUAUGUAUAUACUACGUAUGCAUGCUUACAUCCAUAUGUACAUAAAUAUUUAAAUUUAAACUCUCAUUGGAAUUUCACUGUUGUAUCACGCCACCGCCUACUACUGUUAUGUGAAUAUACAUACAUACUAACAUCAUAUUUAGCUUGAAUUACAUAUAAUAUGAGUUGAGAACAUAAAAUAAAUUAGUCUUCUGUUGUAAGGGUGGGUAACUCAGCAAAUUUAUAGGAGUUGACUCAAUGAC